UGCGGCAUUUCACAUUCCGAGCGUGGAACGACGGGGGAGGCUAAAAAAAAGGAGCCUUAACUCACUGGUUGUGUUGUGUUCAAACAAAAAACGUGUGCGCGUGUGUGUUGGUGCCCCAGGGUAUUGACUGCUAGGCUCCCUAAUCGGAUCGGCACGAACUGCCUUGACUCGUGCAGAAUAAUAGACCGCGGACACGGGUUUCGUGACGUAGCAGCAAAAGUGACGUGUGUGUUAGCGGUUUGUUUUUGUUUUGAACGCACAUUAACCGGAACGCCAGGCGGAGUGAUUAGGGGACAAGCACGCCCCGAAAAAAAAAAGGAAACACCGAGGUUGUGCUGCUUCUUGUCUGCUUUCGUUUUUUGCUCCAACAGUCGCAUCAAUUGCGCAGGAAGGUCAAAGGUAGCUCCAGCGCUAUCGGCGUCCGGUUGGCAGGAAAUUUCCGCCGCCGACACCGGCACGGGCAAGGCAGUGUUCCCGAGAUGCGUCCGACAAUCGCUGUUCAAACGGACGGAAAUGGGCCGUCGGCGGACAUCUAAUUACUGGCCGAUUAGACGUAGGUUUGGGGGUUUGGCGGGUAAUUUGACCGGGACCGGGCGGGGGUCCGCGCUCCAAAGCUGAUAACGGACGUUGGUGGACGACGCUGGUCGAAGGACGAAGGUGCCGAAAAACCCAACGCUGAGUUAUUGGUGCUUAUAUGGGGUCCGGCCGGCGUGCGUCGGGUUUAGUUUUAGAACGGCACCCGUCUGCGGCGGUACACAGCGAUCGGAGCUGAGUUGUUCGUGAGUGAAGAGAAAGUCUCCCCCAACAAGGAAAACCAUAAGAAAGCAGUGACUAUUUUAAAGAUCAACAUUCAACCACAACCGCCGCGUUGUUACAAUCAAGCGUCCCUUCGUAGGGCUACACAAGCUACACUAGCCAUCGCUUGCUACCCGGGCAUAAAUGCAUAACGCCUACUUUUUGCUGUUCAACCGGUGCGACAGUGCGAACGAGACGCCACUCUCCUGGCUGGAGAUCCUGGACAAGGGCUAAACAAAAAAACGGCGGACUACAGAGUCGUUUAUCGAGAGUUCUCUACUAUUUACAAUCGUCUACUACUCAUACCCACACACACACCCACACACACACACAGAUAUAUAGCAAUUCUGAGCAAGGAGGAUGGCUCCCAAGUUUCGAGAGGCUGACCAGACGACGCCACUGCUGCUGGACCGCAACACUCACGACAGCAACAACAAUAACAGCAAUGGUGACAUCGGUGGCGUCGUCCGGAAGGCAAAGUCAUACAACGGAAGUGCGUUCGUGAGCAUCGAGGAGUUGGCUGGGGGGAAGAUGGCGGUGGACCCGGUCGCCCACCGGAAGCUGGAGCAUCCGACCACGAACCUCGACACGCUGAUGCACAUGCUGAACGGGAACCUGGGCACCGGCAUCCUGGCGAUGCCGGACGCGUUCAAGAACGCCGGCCUGUACGUGGGCUUCUUCGGUACGCUGGCGAUGGGCGUCAUCUGCACGCACUGCAUGCACCUGCUGGUGCGCUGCUCGCACGAGCUGUGCCGCCGGUACGGCCGGCCGUCGCUGUCGUACGCCGAGGUCGGGUUCUGUGCGCUCGACUCCGGGCCGCGCUGGUCGCAGCCGCUGGCCGGCGGCUUCCGGUGUCUGAUCAACGCCUUCCUGAUCGUGAUGCAGCUUGGUCUCUGCUGCGUCUACUACCUCUUCGUGGCGGUGAACCUGCGCGAGCUGCUCGAGUACCUGGGCGUGCAGGCGUCCGUGCUGACGGUGUUGCUGUAUCUGCUCGUGCCGCUCGCGGCUAUGAACAUGAUCCGCAGCCUGAAGCUGCUCACGCCGACGUCGCUGGUUGCGUCGGUGCUGGCCAUUGCCGGGCUCGCGAUUGCCUUCCUCUACCUGCUGCGGGAUCUCCCGCACAGUGCCUCCGUGCGGCCAGUGUCGUCCUGGUCCACGCUGCCCCUCUACUUCGGCACGGUGAUGUACGCGUUCGAGGGCAUCGGUGUGGUGCUGCCGCUCGAAAACAACAUGGCGCAGCCGCGCGACUUUGUCGCCUGGAACGGGGUGCUCAACACCGGCAUGACCGUCGUCGUCUGCCUCUACUCGGCCGUCGGUUUCUACGGCUAUCUGCAGUACGGCGAGCAGGCGCAAGGCAGCGUUACACUCAACCUGCCCAACGAUGCGCUACUCGCCCAGCUGGUGCGCCUGCUGAUGGCGGUGGCCGUGCUCGCCUCGUACGCGCUCCAGUUCUACGUGCCGAUGACCAUCCUGACGCCGGCCGUUACCAGCCGCCUUCCCCACCGCCACCGGCACUGCGCCGAGUACGCGCUCCGGCUCGCCACCGUCCUCCUAACGUUCGUGCUGGCCGCCAUCAUACCGAACCUCGGCACGUUCAUCUCGCUCGUCGGUGCCGUCUCCACCUCGACGCUGGCGCUCGUCUUUCCACCCCUGAUCGACCUGCUCACCGCCUGGCCCAACCCCGACCGGCCCGGUCGCGUCUGGCUCAUCACGAAGGACGCGCUCAUCAUCGCGUUCGGUGCGUGCGGGUUCUUCUUCGGCACCGCCAAAAGCCUCGCGACAAUCCUCGAAGGUGACGGCGCCGGCAACCCGCACUGACCGGCCCGCCGCGAGCUGAUUUGACACACAACACAAACCGACCGACGCCGACCAUCCGGGGCCCUGGGCGAGCCCGAUCCAGCCGGAACCGACCAGGGGCAACCGUAACCGGGUGAUGGGAGUAACGUAACGUAGUCUCGAGAAGCAGUGGGUACGGAAGAAACAUCUUUUAGGAUAUAAUUAGUUUGUUUUUACUACGGAAUUGCGAGCAGAGGAGGCAAAUGUCCCGCCAAAUGGGUGUAUAGUAAUCAUCGCGAUGGGACCUGAAAUUCUAGUGUGUACGUUUUUUUUGUUGCUAACUGUGUGUGUGGUCGCUGUAGUCGUACGGGAAGAGUGUAUAAAAAUGCUUAAGAACAAGCAGUCCCGGGCGAACUCCCGGCGACGAAACCAUGUAGACUUAGCUAAGAAGUAUAUGGGGCAGUAAUAAAAUCGUAAACGUAAACAGAUUGUAACGGGCGGAAUUUGUAGGAAACAGAGAGAGAGCUAAUAAAGAAAGGAGCGCCGAAGGAAAAGCUCGAAAUGCACAAUCUGAUAGCAAUAAAAAAAACGCCGCGAAGCGAGGGAAAGAGCGAGGAGCCUUUUCUCCACCCGCAGAUGAUGGAGUGUGCGUGUGUGGGUGCGUGUGUGCGGCACGAAAGAAAGGGUCCACGCCCACCAUAUGGGCGCCCAAGUGGGUCGAGCUG